AGCAGUAUGUUACAUAAGGUCAAUUUGUUGAUGAAAUUGAUAACAUGAAUUGAUAACACCACUUCGAUAUAGUCGUUUAUAAGCGAACGUCGUCUCCCAUUGCAAAUAUAAAUCUUCGUUAUUCGAUAUUUUCUUAUGCAAAGAUUGUCUGUCGUUUAUUUACAAUCACAAUGCUUCACAGUGUUUCUACAUUACAAAGAGGCAUUUCUUACCAUGCUUCAAUAUUAAGUCGAUCGAUGCAUCUUUUAAGAAAUACAGCAUAUGUAGAUGGAAAAUGGAUAGAAGCAAACAAGAAGGUAACAUUUUCUGUUCACAAUCCAGUUGAUAAAUCUGUUAUUAAUGAUGUACCUGAUAUGGAUGUUGAGGACACACGAUUAGCAAUUAAUGCAGCAUUUAAAGCUUUUGAAUCUUAUCGUACGACAAGUGCAAAGGAACGAAGUGUUUUACUCAGAGAUUGGUAUGAUCUAAUGGUGAAACAUACAGAAGACUUGGCACAAAUUUUGACUAAAGAAAAUGGAAAAUCUCUUGCUGAAUCUAGAGCAGAAAUUAGAUAUGGAAAUUCAUUCAUUGAGUGGUUCUCAGAAGAAGCCAGAAGAGUUGAUGGAGAAGUAUUGCAAGGAGGAGAUCCUAAUAGACAUAUGUUUUUAAUGAGACAACCAGUGGGAGUAGCUGCUUUAAUUACACCAUGGAAUUUUCCACAUGCUAUGAUUACCCGCAAAGCAGGUGCUGCCCUUUCUGUUGGGUGCACAUGUGUAGUGAAACCAUCCGAAGACACUCCACUCACGGCUUUAGCCUUAGCUGAUCUUGCAGAACAGGCAGGCUUUCCUCCUGGAAUUUUUAAUGUGCUUACAACAAGUCAACAAAAUUCUCCUGCUGUUGGUAAAGAAUUAUGUGAAAAUCCUAUAGUACGAGUUCUCUCGUUUACUGGUUCAACACCUGUAGGAAAAAUUUUAUAUCGACAGUGUGCUUCGACAAUGAAGCGACUUAGUCUUGAAUUAGGAGGUAAUGCACCAUUUAUAGUUUUUGAUUCUGCAAAUUUAGACUUGGCUGUAACAGGUGCCAUGGCAAGUAAAUUCCGAAACACUGGCCAAACAUGUGUUUCUGCUAAUAGAUUCUUUGUUCAAGCUAGUGUAUUUGAUAAGUUUGUUGAAAUGUUUUUGGCAAAAAUAAAAAGCGAAAUUAAAAUGGGUGAUGGCAGUAAGAAAGGAAUCACACAUGGACCUCUUACUAAAGAAAAUCAGUUAAACAUUGUCCAUGGAUUAGUUACCGAUGCAGUGAAGAAAGGAGCAAAAGUGCACUGUGGUGCUACACCAUUACCGGAGUUAGGGCCGCUAUUUUAUGCUCCUACACUUCUAACAAAUGUAUCCAAAGAAAUGGAAAUAUAUAACAAAGAAAUUUUUGGUCCAGUAGCUGUUAUUAAUAAAUUUGAUAGCGAAGAUGAGGUUAUACAUAAAGCUAAUGACACUCCAGUUGGUUUAGCUGGGUAUUUCUAUUCGUCAAAUGUGUCACAAAUAUUUAGAGUAGCAAAAAAAUUAGAAAUUGGAAUGGUUGGUGUGAACGAAGGAUUGAUUUCUACUGCAGAGGCUGCUUUUGGAGGGGUAAAAGAAUCAGGUAUAGGAAGAGAAGGAUCUAGACAUGGUGUUGAUGACUUUAUUGAUAUAAAAUAUGUAUGUAUUGGAAAUACUAAUACUUACUCAUAAAAACUUUGCUAUAAAGAAAAGUUAAACCACCUGAUACAACAUUAUCUUAUAGUAUAUUCUUGUUUACUUUACCAACAACUUAGUAAAACAUUUAAGUAUGCCUAAGAAUAAUGUAUUUUUGUAGUACAACAAUUUAUAUGGAAAUAUUUUUGUAAUGUGUUAUUAUAUGUAAUGAUUUAGAAUAACUAAAUAAUAAUAAUGCAUUGUUUCUGUACAAUCUACGAUUUAUGAAAAUGAAUGUCUUCCAAUACUUUAUAGUUUAUAAAUUAUAAUAAUACUCCAAAUAAUACAAUGCAUAAAUAACAGAAUAUAAAUGUAAUGCAUUUUUAUAUCUUAUUUAUCUUAUGCAGUUCAUUAUAUUUUUGUAUUGUACAUGAUAAUUUAACUAGUAUAACAGAAAAUUCUUAAUAUAGUAUUACGUAUCUAUCUUUUUGCAUGAUUGACAUAUAAAUAAAGCUUAGAUUAAUUGUAAUUUAU